GUGGGUGAUUAUUACUGCCGCGCCGAGAACACGGUGGAUUCCGUGGAUGCUCCUGCACGCCUCGAAAUACUCGGGGACUUCACAAAUUUGUUGGGGACUUCACAAAUUUGUUGAGGCGCCGAAAUUUACCCGCACUCCCCAAAGUACGGAAGCGAAAGAAAAGGGCGACGUGGAACUCGCUUGUGGGGCUGCUGGACAUCCCACACCAACAAUUCAGUGGUUCAAAAAUGGCGAGGGUUUCACAGAAAGCGACUAUUUUCAGAUUGUAAACGGAAGGAAUCUGAAAAUUUUUGGUUUGUUGCCUGCGGAUUCUGGCGUUUACCAGUGCUUCGCUUCUAAUGAUGCAGGAAACGCUCAAGUUUCCGCGCGACUCAUUGUUUCCAGUGCAUCUUCUGGAAACUUUGAUACUGUUCGGGAAGAGGAUGAAGAAUUGGAAGAGGUUCGACGCGUCGAUGAGGCAGAGUCUUUGUCCCCGAGGAACUUGAGGGCUGGCCCGGUCAAUGUGCGUUUCAUUGCUCUUCGAUGGGAUCCACCGGAACGUGCUCGAGAAGGCGAUGUUGUUGGCUACCUUGUCUUCUACAAGGAACAUGGAUCGAAUCGGGAGCGAGAAAAGAAUGCGACGAAGCCGGAAGUUCUUCUGCACGAUUUGAUACCCGAUCAGCGGUAUGACAUCCGCGUCGUUGCCGUCGGAGCCGAUUCAAAUCCCGUCGGUUCCCCGGCAUCCAUCGUGACGAAAACCCAGCCAUCUGUGUUCGACUCUGGGCCAGCUCCGGAAUUGUCUGGAUUCGGGCCCCCGAGCGUGAAGCCGUUCAACGUGAGAGCCGUAGCCUUGGACAGCACGUCGGUGCGAGUGGAUUGGGCGCCAUCAUCGGCGAAUGGCGGUCGGACGGAAUAUUUCUUGUCCUACAUGGCCGAAGACGCCGCCGAGGAGAAGCUGGCGACAACGUUUGACCCGUUUUUCAUACUCCGAAAUCUUAGGCCUUAUACGAUGUACACGGUUUGGGUCGGGAUUGGAGGAGGAAAUUCCCGAACAGCUGCGGAAGACGUGACUGUGAGAACCUUUUCGGAUGUUCCUUCGGAGGCGCCUCAGAAUUUCACGGCGGAAGCUGCAAGUUCGAAGAGUAUCGUAGUGAGAUGGGAGCCGCCGCCGGAAGGAACUGCGAACGGCAGGAUUACUGGCUACAAACUUAGGUACAAGGAGAAAGGGAGCAAUGGAGUGGCAAAGAUGGUGACUACAGAUGCGGAACGAAGGUUGUACGCUGUCAUGGGCUUGGAUAAAAGCACGGAAUACUCUUUCCGGAUAUCCGCGACAACCGUGAACGGAUCCGGCCCGGCGACGAAAUGGGUUUACGCCUCCACACUUGACAACGACCUCCGGGAAGAUGUUGUCCCUGAAGCACCGGGUUCUAUAAGAGUGAGACCGAUGCCCACGUCAAUAAUGGUGCUGUGGUCCCCACCGAAAGAUGGAACAAUCAAGAUCUCUGGAUACACGAUUGGUUACGGAGAAGGUCUUCCAGACACCUACAAACACUUGGUCGACGGGAAGCAACGGUUCUACGAAAUUCAAGGCUUAAAACCGAACACCGAAUAUGUCAUCAGCGUACGUGCUUACAACGAAAAAGGAGACGGACAGCCCGUGUAUGAACAAGUCCGCACCCGAGACCGUGCUGCGAUCGAAGAGGAGUCGUCCUCAGCGGCGCCGCUGUAUCCGCCAGUGGGCAUCAAGGCCGUCGUGCAUUCGGAAACAACGAUCGUGGUGUUUUGGUCUGACACCAUUCAACCGUCGUCGUCGCGAAACACGUUCGGCGAGGAGCGGAUUUACACGUUGCGCUAUGCUUCGCACGCUGCUGGCCCUGGCCUCAAGUACAGAUACAAAAAUACGACGCAGAUGAGUUGCAUGGUGGACGAUUUGCGUCCGAAUACCCGUUACGAAUUCAGCGUGCGCGUGACCGUGGAUGACCGUCAAAGCGGAUGGAGCAUGGUCGUGGAGAAUUCCACAGAAGAGGCAUUGCCGGGAUCCCCGCCGCAGGAUUUGACUAUUGUGUCCACGCCAACUGUUGAUGGCACGAUUGGACUCACCUUGAACUGGCAACCACCAAAGCGGCCGAACGGACGCAUUUCAGGCUACAUCAUUUAUUACUCUACGGACCAGUCACUGCCGCUGAGUAGAUGGGUGCUGGACGACGUGAGCGGCGAUCGGAUGUCGAUGUCGAUCCCCAAUUUGAAGGAAGACACGACCUAUUACUUCCGUAUCCAAGCGAGCAACAAAAAGGGCACCGGACCCCAGUCGUCCACCGUGGCGUUCCGCACGGGGUCUCUGUCUGGCGGACGUCUGGGAAAGCCAGUGAACCCGGCUGGUUCGGCCGCCUCGGAUCCGGGCGGACGUCGCGACGAAGUGGCGGUCGUGUAUUUGGUGGUGGCCGGGGUCGGCUCUGCGCUCAUUGUUGUCAUCGCCAUGUUGUGCGUGUAUGUGUGCUACCGACGAGCAGUUAGACAACGCAAGGACGACGUACGGCGGCUAGGGUACAACAACAAAUCUGGUCGGAAUGGUAGAUGCGAGAAGCCGCCGGACUUGUGGAUGCAUCACGAUCAAAUGGAGUUGGCGUCGAUGAUGCUGGACGCCGGUGGCGGCGGCGGCGGUAAGCGAAUGGACAGCAGCGCCGGAAGUGACGGUCGGGGCGAUAAUUCGGGCAGCGGUUCGCUGCCCAGACGAAUCUCAGACUUUGAUCGGAAGGCCGGAGCCUCUUCAAGCACGUUGGAUCGGUCACGCAAUUUUGGCAGCCAGUAUCUGAGCAAAAGCGAUUUGCAUGGCCUGGAUCGAAGCAUGAUGACGGAGCGCUCGUCCUUCGUUUCGUCGUCGGCGAGUCGUGGCGGCUGGCAGGCCCGGGUGCCGGUGGAACACCACCGUCAUCCGCACCAACAGCAGGCCUUGCCGCCGCCACCGCCUCUGCACCACUUCCACCCGCAGAUGCCCGAGCAUCUGCGGGCGCCGCAUCACUUCCCCGGCGGCUUCCCGCCGAGUCGUGCCCCGUCGAGUAUUGAGUCGCCCGUUAGCCCGACCAGGGACAGUCUGGAUCGAUCUUCGGAG